GUGAAGUUGUUAUGGGAAACUCGUGCAAACAACUUGUGGAUUCAUGAUUCCAUUCUGCAACCAACGAAAGACGAGUAGAUCUUCCUUGUAAAGAGGCACCAAAUUGAACACCAGUAAAACCGAAUAAGAGGAAGAGACUCAAGCUUCAGAUCAAGAGCUAGAGCAACAUGCCUGAAUCAUAUGGUGCAGCGGAAGCUGUCGAGGACCACAUCAGGACUUUCGUUCUCUCCAAAAGCGUCCGAGUUGCAGAGUUCUUCAAAGAUUUUGACAGCUUGAGAUCUGGCUUUGUAACACGGGGUCAAUUCCGAAGAUGUCUUGACCAAGGAUUCAACCUAGACCUACAAGAAGAUGUUCAGGCAGCGCUCAUUGCUAAAUAUGAAACAAGAAAGGAUGGCGCUGAUCUGGUCAACUAUCAGAGAUUUGCAGAUGUCAUUGAGAGAACAUUCCAACCAGAUAAACUCCAGGAAAGACCAGAGACACAGAUUAUCCAGGCACCAGAAAUUCUCGGUACAUCCCGAACGAUCAGACCUCUGAGCCCUGCUUCACAGAGCCGCAUCACAGGCAUGAUCCAACAUAUCGCUCCCUAUUACAAGUACCAUGAGAUAACCAUUCGCAGCUCCUAUGAAGACUUUGACAAGCAUAACAAAGGCAUCAUCACAGAACCUCAGUUCUUUCGUAGCUUUCCCUACCCUCCUGGUAUAAAUGAGGAAGACGUGAAGCUCCUGGCCAAACGCUAUCGUGACCCGAGCAAAGAAGGCAUCUGUAACUAUCUCAACUUUCACAACGAUGUGGAGAAGGCAAAAGAGGGAAUGGUGGAGAAGCUUUUUGAGGGCAAACCUCCUGCAACAUACAACAUUCCUAAAGAGAUUGAAGCUGAUGGUGAACUAAACCAAAUCUUCUCCAAGAUCCAAGUGGCCAUCCAUAAGUUUGGCAUCCGUACCCCAGAGUUCUUCCGUGACCAUGACAAGCUCCGCAGCUACAUCAUUACUGAGAACCAGUUCAAGUGUGGUCUGUUGCUGUGUGUAGGUAACAAGGUCAGCUUGACCAGGGAUGAGGUCCAGAAGCUCGUGGAUUACUACAAGAGGCCAGAUGGAAGGGUGCAUUACAAGGAGUUCUGUGAUCUCAUGGAAAAUGCUUUUAAUGACCCAAACCUUGAGAAGAAGCCUACGACUGAGGUUUAUCGUCCUCGGCGAGGAGAGCUCUCUAGAACCCUGAACACGCUAAGUUCACCCAAUGAGGAGGAUAGGCUGAGCAUCAUCCUGGAUAGGCUGUCUACCGACGUCAAGAAGAGGAGGCUCAUGAUGAUACAGUACUUCCAAGAUUACGACAGGAGCAAAGCCUACACCCGUAACAUGACCAAGAUCCAGUUUGGAAGGAUGCUUCAUUUCCUGACUCUCAAUGUCGGCAAGGAAGAUUUUGAGAUUCUUUGCAGGAAGUUUGAAGAUCCAUCUACUAAGGAUACCAUCAACUACCCAGCCUUUGUGCAAGCAGUUGAUAAAGAAUACAUUGGGUUUACAACUGAUAAGAGUGGUGAUAAGGCUAAGAAAAGACCCAGAACACCAACUGCUGACAAACCGAUUGAUUCCAGUAAAGUGAAUGUGGCUGAGCUGGUGGCUCGCAUCAGGCAUCAUAUACUCACAAGCAGAAUACGAGUUUGUGAAUACUUCCAUGACUUUGAUCCACUGAGGGAGAGGUCCAUCCCACGUAGCAAGUUCCGCAUGGGUCUGAGCGCAAUGGGACUGAGUGCUCUAGGUCAGUUCAACAUGACUGAGGCUCAGUUCAAAGCACUUAGUGAAACCUAUGCAGACCCAGCCAACUCAGAUGCUGUUCUCUGGCAGAACUUUGAGAAGGAUAUUGAGACAGUUUUCACUCAAGUGGUUCCCAACCUAGAGAAGACUCCCACCAACUCUGUCGUUGCUACCGAACAGUUCUUAUUGGACAAACCAGGCACAAUCGACUGGAGCACUGCACCUAGUGAGGUCUGCAUGACCGUUGACGAGGCCAUGAACCGCAUGAGGGAACGCGUGGAGCAACGCCGCGUCCUGCUCAAGCCUUGCUUCGAGGACUUUGACAAUCACAACAUGGGGAUCGUCACCAAGAGCCAGUUCCGCCAAUGUCUCUUCUACCUUGGUCUGAAUGCUUCGGAAGAAGAGAUGCUGAUGCUGGAAGCCAAGUAUACCAACGUGAUGGGAUUCAACUAUAUUAAGUUCCUGGAAGAUCUGCAGCCCAAGGCCCAGCAAGAACUGAAGUAUGUCCAGCGUCUGAAGGAACUUGAUCUGGUGAAUAACAGGAAGGUGUCUCUGGAGAAGAACCCACUCAAGGAUGCAGACAGUGUCAUGGAGAAGGUCAAGACAAAGGUUAUAAAGGAAAGGAUGAGGGUACAUGAGUUCAUGCGUAAUUAUGAUAAGCUUCGUACCGGCCGUAUGCUGAAGGAAAACUUCAGACGAGCUUUGGACAAUGCAGGUCUUGGUCUCCAACCAUCAGAAGUAGAAAUCCUCAUAAAUGCAUUUGAAUCUCCCAGAGAUGCCAGUUUUGUGGAGUAUCUUGCGUUUAGUGAUCACGUAGAGAGCAUCUUCACAUUGAAGAACCUUGAGAAGGAUCCUCUGAUCACCCCAGAGCAGUUCAAACCAGCUGUACAGGUGGAGAAGAACAUCCUGACUGGAGCGGAAGAGAAUAUCCUCAAGAACACUGUCGAGAAACUCGCUCAAAAGGUCAAUAAGGGCCGUGUUCAACUCUACCCGCUGUUUGAGGACUACGACCGGGUCCACAACGGCACAGUCUCAAGGUCUCAGUUCCGCCGUGUCCUCAGUGAACUCGAGCUUGCACCCCUGGUCAAUGAAGUCGAACUCGACGUCCUUUGGAAGAAGUUUGAGAUCACAAUUGGGGGGAAGUUUGAUGUGGACUAUUGCUCCUUCUGUGACUUGAUCUAUAAGAAAGCAAAGAUUGAACUCUUCAGGCCAUGAAAAAAUAUCUGUUAAACAAACAUAAUAAAUUAUUCAACAUUGCAAUUUAUUCAGCUGUAUGUGAAGGAAACAGCAUGCUCAUGAAAUAGUUGACCUAGUCGCUGGCUACAAAUAUUUGCUUUAAACAGGAGCAUGGAAGAAACAUAUCUGCAUUACAGUACAAUAGGGCCAUAAAUGUUUUGUGAGCAGGAUGUUAAGAACUUACACAUAUAAAAGUUUGGUUUCAAGUCAAAUAUGUAAAUGAGGCUAAAUUAAAGAGCGGAGAUGUUACUUAUUUGUUCUUGAUGGUAAGAUAAGAAAAGUUUGGACAAUGAAAAUAUCAUCCAGUUUGUGAUUGUGUCUUUUAAAGAUCAGAGAAUGUGAAUAUUUUGGAUAUCUUUAAAUUGAUAAGACUCUAAAUAGUACUGCGUAUCAAAGUCAAAUGUGAAAAGAUGAAUUUCUCAUGGUGUUUAAAAGAUGAUGAAUAUAUAUUGGAAUUGAUAACAAUAAAUAUUGAAUAAAUUGAAGUACAGAUACAGGCAAUUACUGGCUUUCAUAUGGAUGUAAUUGAUAAUGCACCUUUUUCAUUUCCAUGAUGAAGGCUUGGCAUGAGUUACAUUUACCUAUAUGUGUCAUCUUUGCCUCACUGAAGAUUAUUGAUAUUGUGUAUAAAUUAUGAGUAAGGAAUGUUGGUCAGAACAAUUCAGUGUAUUGCAAGGAGUUGAGUUAAGCCUUAGUCUCUCACAGUACGAUAGAAGCUGCUUCACACAGAAAACUUUGGUAGAAUUUGUAUGCAGAAUAUGUAAUGAGAAGAUGAGAAAUAUUAUAUAACAAUUAUACAAGAGUGAUAAACUUCCAGGCUGUCCAUUAUGAAGCGAGCAGUCUAAAAUCUUAUUGGCGAUCGGAAGUCUCUAUUCUGAUGCUCUGCAAUUAUCUUGAGCAGACAUCCAUUCCGAAGGCAUUGACAAUGAAUAUACCCUUGUACAUUGGAACUUGGUCCUUCAAUGCUGAGUUUGAUUCACCUGUACAGAGAAUAUUUAUGUAUAUAAUAACAAAUGUAAAUAAAAUGAUAACUUUGUGCAUGUUGAAAUGCAUAAAGAGAUUGAAUGAAAAUCAUUUUCCUUUCUUCAAAUGAAACCAUUACUCUGGUAAUCUAUCUAUCUUUGAAUAAGUUGCAUUAUUAUGUAUUGGUAUGCGCCAGCAGCUUAUAGCCUUUUUAUCAUAUAGGAUUUACUAUGCAGAAUAAAUCACCUUGUAAAUGCAUGAUGGUAUGAUUAUAUAACACAGUUGCAAAAUAUUUAUGGCUGCUUUUUUGUGUGUGGUAAAAUUGAGGUCAGGGUAUUUAUACCUCUAUAAUUUAUAAUUUACAUUAGAUUUUAUGUGAGGAUUUUUGAAUGGCCAGAUAGGUUAUCAUUUGACUCGAGUUGCUGAUACUCAAUGUUGCAAACAUUUCUAAUGAAAGACACAUCAUUUGAUAAAGAGAUGAACCUGUCAUGAGAAAAUAUUUUCUCUCCUUCUUUUGUUUGUUUAAUUGUAGUAAAAACGAUAUAAAAUAAAUUUUGAAUGAUUUUUGUUUAAAAAAGAAUUUAAAUAAUUGUUAUAUUUUACAUUUUUAUAUUCUUUCUUAGGACCAUCAAUUUGUAAUAUACAUGUCUUGUUUUUAUCAUACAGCAUGGCACACUAUAUUUAAUGAGUCGACUGUAUGUUCCACCUUGACAUAAUACUUAGUGCCUUUGUCAGCUCACACAUGUGUUUUAUAGGUCUAUGCAAAGUUUCCUUUGAAGUAUUCAAUAGAAUCACCAAAAUUUGUAUGCAGCUUUUAUGUACUCUGCCAUAGAAGCACGAUGAAUUGAAUAUAUGAAUAUGUUUUUCAAUUAUAUACCAUAUGCAACUAUUUCAUUCCAAUUGAUAAAUAAAUGUUUUUCUGUGGUGCAUAUUGAAAUUUAAAAUUUCCGUCCUAUAUAUAGUGUACUAUUUUGUGUAUUAUAUUUAUACAAAGCUGAUUUCUUUCUAUUCUACAUCUGUGUAUUAGAAUGGCGUCAGAGAAACAUGGUAAAAUGAAUGUUUGGCAAAAUGACUGUAUUGCAUAGUAUUGAAUAUAUAUGUGGUGCAUUUUCCAUCUGCCAUAUGUUGCUUCUAUUUGUCUUCUGGAGAUUGAUUAAAUGUAAGAUUUAAUUCAA